CUCCCAACCGAAUCGUAUUGCACCAUUCACAUGCAACUCAUCGGCCCGCAACGUGGACCUCGCUCGUUAACAACGGUCGAGUAGAGGCUACCAUCCUCGAGCCCUACUCAGCCCCCAUUGGUCAUAUCGCCGAGUCGCGCUCACGCUUGCCUAGAUAGGUAGCCACGAUGGACGGCGAUGCUUCGAGGGCGGAGUCCAAAGACAAAGGCAAAGGCAAGGCUGACGGUGCUGGUGCCAGUUCGGACGAGGCUCCCAGCCAUACUACGGAUAGAACAAAAUCCGCCGGGACAUCGCUGCCUCGGAUGGCCCAAUCCGCGGCAUCUUUCUUGCUAUCGGGGCCGCCAGGAGAAGGCCUCGGUGCCAGUCAUGAAAAGGGGGAUUCGUCGCGGGUCAGCAAGGCCCUAGCCAGGGCAGGCGAGAGCUCCGUGCAGCUGCGGCCCAACGCCCAAAGAGGCGCUGCGAUGAGGAUGGGGCAGGCGCAGGAGCACAUUGCCCAAGAGGAGGCAUCUUUUUCCGCCUUUCUGGAUAGUGGAAGCGCACCAAUGCUCUCAGAACCAAGCAGCAUGGAAAACGCUUGGCAGUCGGCUGUCCCUCGUGCUCCGACGGCCGGGGCCAUAGGGACACUGGAACCGGUACCACUGUCAGUCGCGGAGCAGGAGGCAAGAGACGGCGUUGACGUCGCCACCUUACUGUCUGGUCACGGUGACCUCGACCAGGUGUUCGACCAUGCCAACGAGCCCCCCGCACUGGACGACCUGGCGGGGCUGCGUGAGGCGCUCUUCGGGGAACGGGCCGGCCAGGGUUCAUCGUCACCGAUUGCAUGGGAUGAUGUGCUUAACUUCAUCCCAGAGUUUCUCCGAGCGCCAGAUAACCAACUUUCCAUGCACAUGGGUACCUCUCACAUGGACGAGGCCUGGCAGACCUGGAUUGACCAGUGGUCCCGCGUGCUUACCAGCUACCAGGAUGAGGUUUGGGGCGAUCUAGGCUCACUUGUUGAGGAGGCUCGUUCCGAGGUACGGCGGAUAGAGGAAGCAAAACCGGGGGAGAAACCACCCGAGCCAACAGCAUUACUGCGGCUACGAGCCAUCCUCGGUCAUCUACGAGGGCCUUGAAACAUAAUUAAUAAACUCUUGGUACGCCUUCGCUCAACCAUCAUAAUAUGAUGUUCCAACCAGCGAACUUCGCCCGGCGCAGCGAAACGGACAUGUCCCUGAACCCCUUAACAAGUCGCUCCCAUGCCUUGUCACGUGGUUCCGUUCUUCCACCUCGCCAGAUCGCGACAAGGCUGCCCCUCCCGGGCCCGUGGUGUUGCAUUUUUACCCCGCUGGCGCCCACCAAACCAGGGUCCAAGUGUGUGGGUUGCUGGGCCAGCAAUCGGAUGACAUCACUGGGAAGCUUUUAGGCUUGUGGUUGGUCAGGGAGAUCUUCCAAGCUUCCCUCACCCACCAAGCCAGACUCGUUGCGGUGCUGUGUUGUCCAACCUCUCGGCCU